AUGUUGCCAUUUCAAGCAGUAGCCAAAGCAGGCCUCAAGCCCCAAUUGACCCGCAUGAGUGUAAACUCAUUGAGAGCAGCUUCUUCCUCGGCGGGUCCAACAAAGUUGUCUGUCAGAGACGCUUUGAAUUCAGCCAUGGCCGAAGAAUUGGACAGAGACCCUGAGGUGUUCUUGAUCGGUGAGGAGGUCGCACAGUACAACGGUGCUUACAAGGUUUCCAGAGGACUGCUAGACAAAUACGGGCCCAAACGAAUCGUUGAUACCCCAAUUACCGAAAUGGGUUUCACUGGUCUUGCUGUGGGUGCUUCGUUGGCAGGCUUGAAGCCAAUCUGCGAAUUCAUGACAUUUAACUUUGCCAUGCAGUCAAUCGAUCACAUUAUCAAUUCCGCUGCCAAGACCCUCUACAUGUCUGGUGGUAAGCAACCCUGUAACAUCACUUUCCGUGGUCCUAACGGAGCUGCUGCUGGUGUUGCAGCCCAACAUUCCCAGGACUACUCUGCUUGGUACGGAUCUAUCCCAGGUCUGAAAGUUAUCUCUCCCUACUCUGCCGAGGACUAUAAGGGUCUGUUCAAGAGCGCCAUCAGAGACCCAAACCCUACCAUCUUUUUGGAAAAUGAACUGUUGUACAACGAAGAGUUCGAAGUUUCUCCUGAGGUUCUGUCCCCUGAUUUCACUGUUCCAAUUGGUAAAGCCAAGAUCGAGCGUGAAGGUACCGAUAUCACGAUUGUAUCCCACAGCAGAAAUUUGCAGUUCUGUUUGGAGGCAGCCACCAUUUUGAAGGAAAAGUAUGGUGUCUCAUCUGAGGUUCUCAACCUUCGUUCCAUCAAGCCAUUGGAUGUUCCUGCCAUUGUUGAAUCUGUCAAGAAGACCAACCAUCUGAUAACUGUUGAAGCCGGUUUCCCAGCCUUUGGUGUUGGUUCCGAGAUUUGCGCUCAGGUCAUGGAAUCCGAAGCUUUUGACUACCUAGAUGCCCCUGUUGAAAGAGUGACCGGAUGUGAAGUUCCAACCCCCUACGCCAAGGAAUUAGAAGACUUUGCCUUCCCAGACACCCCAACUAUUAUAAGAGCUGUCGAGAAGGUUCUUUCGUUGAAAGAGUGA